GGGGGCUGCUUCGUUCUGCAAAAUCUGGUCAUGUUGAGGACGUGCCCCUAGCUUAGUCCGUGUGACGAGAAACUCUGAGCAUCAGGACACCUUCCUACAGCCCCGCGCUCUCGGUCAGUGGAUCUACCGUCGCGCUUUUCUGGUCAUGGUCCCGUCUACCGGCCUGGGCCCCCGUGGUGAUAACCAGCCAGAAUUGUCCAGCAUUGUUCUUCUCUCCUCUCAAUCACUAGCUAUGACCUUGUUUUAAACUUCCAUGCCUCAAUCCCGAGCUCAGCUCCCAGGUCAACCGCCCUCAGGCGCCCCUGACGGGCCGGUCGUCUUGCCACCCGCCGCUGCGCUGCCAGAGCCCUCGGUUGUGAUAGGCGAAAAUACGAGCUCUGCCGGCUUGCCUACUUCAAACACACAGCGUACAGUCAAGAAAAAUGCUUCUAUUGCCUGCCAGGCCUGCAAAACCUCGAAACGAAAGUGUGAUCAACGUCAACCUUGUUCCAAUUGCCAUGUGAACGGCAGGGAGUGUAUCUACGAUCCAUCCCAAGACGGCAGGAGAAAGCAGGCCCGCAAGAGGAGACUCGACGAACUCGAACUUCGAAGUCACGCUCUUGACAGAAUCCUGAUCAGUCUCAGGAAGUCCCCGGCGCCCGAGUCACGGCAAUUGCUUGAACUCAUCAAGCGAGAUGCGCCCCUCGAGGAGAUCCUGGAGUUUCUUGACGCUCAUCCAGGCCCCGUGGCCAACGAGACACGGCGGGCUCUCUCUGCCACUCCCCCUCCGGAAGGCGGCGGCGGCAUACGUCGCAUGCUCGCAAUAAGUGAGCUGACAGACGAUCCGACUUUCAGGGUCCCUGCGGCUCCAUGGACCACGGUCACCAAAGAUGACCUGCUUGUCUCGCAUUUAGUCUCGGCCUACCUCAAUUGGUACCAUUUCUACUACCACAACUUCGACGAGAAGUUGUUUCUCGAAGCCAUGGCAGCGGGAGAUCUACAGUCUCCCUAUUGUUCACCAUUCCUGGUUAAUGCAGUCCUCGGGAUGGGGUGUUUCUUCUCAGACCACCCUUUGGCCUUUGAGAAGCCAGGGGACGUGGGUUCACGAGGACUCCAUUUCUAUAACGAGGCCCAUCUACUCUGGACACUCGAGGCUUCUAAGCCAACACUGACCAAUGUACAAGGCUUCACUAUUAUGAUCAUGACGGCAGCUUUCACGGGCAGAGACAGGGUGAGCCAUACGUCCUUGAAACAGCUCGAGGUUAUGAUGCCUCAGCUUCUCCGCCGACAGCCCAGAUCCGGCAAGAGUCCAGCGAUAUCCGAGGAUCUUCGGCGGUCUUUCCAGAUUGUGGAGUGGGCGGCGCACAUAUAUUCAACGGGAUUUGGCACGGGGUUCCUAAUCGCCCCCACGAGUCCCAAGCCGUCUCUUGAAGCGCCGUACGCUUCCAAAGUAUGGCUCGACCGUCUCACACCAUGGUCACCCUAUCCCAUGGCUGGAGAUCCUGUUGAGCUGCCACUUCAAGCUCUUUAUCACUACAUGUGUGAGCUGUACAUAUUUGCGAGCGACGUGCAGUCUCUGGUCUUUGCCGACUUUGCCAAAAUGAAUGCCGUACAAAAGCUUCAUGCGGCGCGGGACUUGGACCGGAAAAUGAUGGAAUGGUAUAGAUCUGUACCUCAGCGGUUCCAGGUGGACCACCCAACUUUUGUUCUGGUCCCGACCACUGUCGACUUGGCGUACUACACCUGUCCCUCUGGUCUCUCUUUGACGAUGACAAGCUGACAUGUGCUGUAGAUUGAGUCUUCAUCAUUUCCGGCUGCUGAUGUGGAAUUGGACGAUCCCUCCACCCCAGAGUGCCUCGAAGCCCCAGGCACGGCCCGAGCAGGACUCGGCGGCAGGGAGGAGCCCAGAUGCACCACGCCCAGGUCAAGACGAGCUGGCUCAGGUCACACGCGAGACCAAGGAGAUGUGUAUGGAGAUCACGACGGUCACGAUCGGAAUCAUUCAGAGAUCCGAUGCUCGAUUUGGCCCCCGCUUCUUCUCUGUUUUGACACCGCAAUCUGGCAUCCUUGCUGCUAGUUUCCUGCUGUCGGGCAACCUCAACUCUGUGGUGGAGGAGGAACUGUUGCUGGAGGUUAUGCGGGUCCUGGUGAGAUGCUCGAGGCAACGGCAAUUGGUCAAAGGCAUCACGCACAUGUUACUCAAAACGGCAGAAGACAAGGUGGCUGCUGUUGUGGCUGGAGCUACACCUCCCGGCGGCGUAAGCCAGUCUCUCCUGGAGAAGCUGACGGUCAUCGUGAAGGACAUCGCCUGGGAAGGCCAGGAACAUCUCACCUUUAGUUCCAGAUAUCCCAAUCACAUUCUGGUCAAGGAGGAUCCGGACACCGAGCUGAGUCUACUGCUCGAGAAGUGGGCGGACAUGGGCUUGCACGAAGAGCACACUGAAGACACCGCUGCUUCUGGCGACCGUCAACCAACAGGCCAGGGAGGAGGGGAACAAUGAUGGAUGGGUGGACCGUCGAUGCGGAUUGCCCUGGACAAGUUGUUCCAAGGCCCAAUGAGAGCUAUCAGUUUUCUGUCCACGGAGAAGAGGCACUUUGACGGAUCAGAGAAGCCGGGUAGAAGAGGUGCAAGCUCUUUCCAGCAUCCAAGAUGGGUGUCCUCUUUCAUUUCUCAUGCGAUAUAUCUACGAAGAUGUGGUUGUAACUCUGUUCUGUCCUUUGGUACCGUGUCCAACAACGACCCCAGCGGAAUUGGAAUUCGAUCGGCAGCGUAUAUCUAUUCGCUCGGUAUCCCACUAACGGUAGUCGAG